AUGGCGACGAGCAGUCCGCCCCGGAAACGGAAGCUUGAUGCCCUGUUCGAAGAGUCCGGGAUCGACAUGACCACGGCGCUCUCGUUGUUGCCCCCCGAACUCGAUGGUGAAGGAGGGACGAUGAGCGACACCAGUUUGGAGACCUCGACCUUCCCGUUCAACCAGGACACCAUCUCACAAAACCACUGGGGCCCGCAACAGGACACGAUCGAUUUGUUGAUUGAUGCGUGCAUGGCGCCGUUGGCACGGAUCCGAGACGACCUCAUCAGGCUAUAUUUCCAUCACGUUCAUCCUGUAUGUCCGGUCGUGGACGAGUAUAGUUUCACUACGUUGUAUGGGCUUGCGAAGACCGACGGGGAGUUACUCUCGUACAUUGAACUGCCUUUGCUUCAGGCAAUGCUGUUCACCGCCCUAGCGCAUGUCAGUCAAGAUCAACUAGACCGGACUCCGUACAGCUCGAUUCAUGACGCCCAAAAGGCCCAUUUCAAUUUCACCCGAGCACUUUACCGCUUCCAAGUUUGCACCAAACCAUAUGUCCUGGCACAAGUCACAAUUCUACUGACCUUCUGGAGCCCUUGCGACACCGAGCUCCAAGUCAACAGCUUCUGGCUAGACCGCGCAUACCGUCACGCACGCGAAGCGGCGAUUUGGAACAUUCAGACCAGUGCUGGAAGCCCCGGUGACCGACGGGCAAUCAUCUGGUGGUGUUGUCUCAUCCGUGAUCGGAUGUUGGCAACAGGAAUGCGAAGGCCGCAUCGGCUCCAUCAAGUGCAAAAUGUAAGGGGCAUGCUAAAGGAGGAAGAUUUUGGGCUCGAGGCAUUGCUUCCCAGCUAUUCCUCGCGCGAGGCCAAGAAGCGAAUGAUAGCCGUCUUUCUGGCAUUCUGCAGACUGAGCGAGAUCCAGGCCGACAUCGCCGAGUACCAAAGCCGGUUUCGCUUUUCGCGGCAGUGGGAGAUAGCAACGACCCCUGGCAUCAGCGAGACCGAAGAAAUGCCCACGGUUGCCAAGUUUGAAACUCGACUGAAGGAGUGGAAGCGUGUAUUCGAGGAAGAAUGUCGCAUGGUUGGCACCCAUGUUGGUGACAACACAUACGCCAGCACUGUGUGCCUGAUUCGCCUCAUCUCAAAGUAUGUGCUCCUUCACGCCAACAUUUUUCGCCAAUUCACCUUUGCUAACAAGCACAGCGGCUUGCUCCUAAUUCUCUAUCAACCUUACUUGCAAUGGUGGUCAUCUGCCCCCUUUGAAGCGAAAAAUUUGUGGGAAUUGUCACUACGCAAGUUGAAAGAAGGCACCCAACAAGUCGUGUCCAGUGUUCGCCAGCUGAUCACCACUUCCACCGCUCCUCUCGAGACCGUCCCUGCUUUCAUGUGA